AUGCCGGUAGAGAAGCGGUACAACACGACUCUACCUCGAGAGAACCUAAAAGCAAAUUAUAAAAAGGAGGAAAAAAAGCUGCCAUUUAGCUUCCAGAAACGGAAAGAAACUUCCCAUGUGGACUGUGGACGUAUUCUCGCCGGCGACAUAGAAUAUACGACACUAAUAGCAACAAAACGGCCGGUGCUAGUCGCAGGGCAGAUGAAUACAUCAUGCGAGCAGAUCAGAAAACGUGUCAUGCCACCAAUACCAAUGGAUAGAUUAGCGUUUGGUGUCGCUUAUGUGCGUGUAGUGUACAAGGAUUAUGCACUGAUCGAGGAAGAACUUCGAUCUAGUUACCAUCCACAAAACUUCUUUUGUUAUUCUAUUGACCAGAAAGCUGGUAAGAUCUUUAUGAAUGAACGUUACCUUAUAACUUGA